AUGCUGGAGGGGGUGGGAUUCAUGUUGGCUGAUCUGUGGGGCGGCUUCUUCAUCAUGUACAUAUUCAGCGCUCAUAUCGGGGUGCCGCAGUUCGUGCCACCCUUUGUCCUUGUUGUUCUCAUGAUUGCCUACCUCUUCUCGCCCCUGCCCUUCUUUCACUUCAAGGCGCGGCGUUGGUUCUUCAAAAUAUUUGUGAGUUAUGUCCUUCUGUCCUGUUCUGGCACGCUCCCCCCUCCCCUCCCCUGUCUGUGUUUUAUGAUGGACGUCUGCGUUUACACCGAGGCCUUUCACAUCUACCGUCUUUUCUGUACUAUAGGGCGCACUGUAUUAUGA